AUGCCCAAUAUUCCUCCACCGUCGGGACUCUACCGACAAGAUGUCACUCCUUCUUCGCAAUCGCAGCAGAGAGGAAUUAGUGCUUUUCAGCAGCAACAACAGAGAAGUCAGCAAUAUCAGGGCCAUCAGAAUAGAAUUUAUUAUGGUGGUGGUGGAGGAGGAAAUUAUCAGCAACAUCAGCAACAACAACAACAACAACAAUAUAAAAGAAGUUAUUCCGAUUAUAAUGCAGAUCAAAAUUCUCAACAUACACCACCUCAACACCAACAACAACACUCAGGACAGUUUUAUCAGAAAAAACAAAAGACUGAUUUUCAUCACCCACAACAACAACAUUUUGGAUCUCAAUAUCGUGAUCACCACCAUCAUCAUCAAAAUGAUAAUUAUUCAUCAUCAUCCUCACAAUAUUCCAGACAAAAUUCUAAUGGUUUUUCUCUAGGCGCGUCUUCAACAAACUUACCUUUCCCUACAAUAAUUCCAACAGGCAUGAGUAUUGAAGCCUUGAAUGCUCUUCUCAUCCGAAUUCGAUUACAUGAACUCAAUGAACAAGGAGCACAAUUACAUAAUGGUUUUUCAUCUCUUGACCGACAAGAAAAACAAAAGCUCUAUCGUGAAAUUCAAAAACUGGUUUCUCUCGCCCGACAAAUUAAUCCUCUGUUUAACUAUGAGAACCACUUUUCAUUGAUCAAACAAUUUGUUACAGAAUCAGAGAUUUCAAUGGCUGAUAUGGGAGAACAAGAAUCAUCGGAACAAACAAAAGAAAUUAGUCGUAAAAUUUACAUUCCUGUCGAUGAAUAUCCAGACUACAAUUUUAUUGGUUUGAUUAUUGGACCUGGAGGGUUAACACAAAAGAAAUUGGAAAAGGAAAGCGGAGCAAAAAUUGCUGUACGUGGAAAGGGAAGUGUUAAACCAGGUAAAAUUCCUGCAAAAUCGUUUGGUGAUGAGGAGAAUUUACAUGUUCUUAUUACGGCUGAAGAUGAAGAUUCUGUUGAAAAAGCUGCUGAAAUGAUUAAGAGGUUACUCAUUCCAGUCGAAGAAGGAACGAAUGAAUUAAAAAAGGAACAGCUAAGAGAAUUAGCACGACAACGAGGAUUCACCAUUGAAGGCAUGUCAGAUGCUGAGCUUGGAGCUGCUGUAGAAGAUGGAGGCGGAGAAUCUGCUGAUUUUAUUGCAAAACUUCAAUCUUAUGGCUUAAAUCAACACAUGCCCGAUCAACCACCCAUUCCAGGUGUCACGUCACAUGUAGAAAUUCCAGGAGUGACCGACAAUAAGAAAUACACAAGUGGAGGCAAAUCAGGUAUAGAGAGUGCUCUGGACAAGCUUAAGAGAGAGCUCUUAAUGGAGGCCGAUGAAAUGGGUAAAGCUCUCACCGAAGAACAGAAAAUGGAAGAUGAGAAGGCCGUGGUAGAGCCACCAAAAAUUCAAGCACCAAGUGCAAAUCCUUUCGAAGAUUCAUAUGAAAAAACCUAUGACCUGUAUUAUGAGUAUUAUAAGCAAUAUUUUCUUCAACAACAGAGGACCUAUCAGCAAUUUCUCGACUUAUUUAGAGGUUACGGAGGAGAAAUACCAAGCAAAGAACAUGCAUCCUAUUUCCAAACUGUUGUGUGGGCUAUCAGUGAUCAACUUCCGCCCGUACCUGGAAGCUUGGUCAUUCAAAAACAGCAACCUUAA